AUGACGCAAAGGAGCCAUAGGUUUGAGGAUGGGAGGCUCAGAUAUAUCACAUUGGGUUGUGCUCGUGGCGGGAAGGCACGGAAUCGGACCACAAAUGUCGCUCGACCACGCCCGACAUCGAAGACAGGUUGUAGUGCAAGGAUAAAUGCUAUAUUUUUUGAAGGGGUGUUGAAGUUGUUGACUGUUCACAAUACCCACAAUCACGGACUAAGUCCACAAAAGUCGAGGUUCUUUCGCUGCAAUAGAGAAGUGAGUUUGUCUGUUAAGAGAAUGUUAGAUACAAAUGAUCAAGCUGGUAUCAGAAUGAACAAGAGCUUCGCCGUUCUUGUGCAAGAAGCAGGUGGGUUUGAGAACUUGCCAUUCAAUGAAAAAGACUAUCGUAACUACAUUGACAAGGCACGCCACUUUCGACUUGGGAAAGGUGGCGCUGGAGCCCUCCAUGAAUAUUUUGCUAGGAUGCAAUACAAAAAUAAUGGAUUAUUUUCACUAAUGGAUAUGGAUGAUGAUGGGAGGUUGAAAAAUAUCUUUUGGGCAGAUUCACGAAGUAGGGCAUCAUACAAAUAUUUUGGUGAUGUUGUCACGUUCGACACUACAUAUCUGACAAAUAGGUAUGGGAUGCCGUUUGCACCGUUUGUUGGUGUAAACCACCAUGGACAGUCAAUCCUUUUGGGGGCAUGA